AUGCCGUUCCCGGAGCUGUAUUUCAACGCGGAUAACGGGUACCUGGAGGGGCUCGUGCGCGGGUUUAAGGCCGGGAUCCUGAGCCAAGCGGACUACCUGAACCUGGUCCAGUGCGAGACUCUGGAGGAUCUGAAGCUCCACCUCCAGAGCACAGACUAUGGCAGCUUCUUGUCUAACGAAGCGUCUCCGUUGGUGGUGUCUGUGAUCGAUGAUAAACUGAAGGAGAAGAUGGUGGUGGAGUUCAGGCACAUGAGGAACCAGUCCUACGAGCCCCUGGCCUCCUUCAUGGACUUCAUCACUUACAGCUACAUGAUCGAUAAUGUGAUCUUGCUCAUCACCGGGACUCUCCACCAGAGGGCGAUCUCGGAGCUUGUUCCCAAAUGCCACCCUCUGGGCAGCUUCGAGCAGAUGGAGGCCGUCAACAUCGCCCAGACACCCGCCGAGCUCUACAACGCCAUCCUGGUGGACACGCCGCUGGCUGCCUUUUUCCAGGACUGUAUCUCAGAACAAGAUCUGGACGAGAUGAACAUCGAGAUCAUCCGGAACACGCUGUACAAGGCGUACCUCGAGUCUUUCUACAAGUUCUGUUCAAAUCUGGGAGGAACCACAGCGGACACAAUGUGCCCCAUUCUGGAGUUUGAAGCAGACCGCAGAGCCUUCAUCAUCACCAUCAACUCCUUUGGGACGGAGCUGUCGAAGGAGGAUCGAGCCAAACUGUUCCCUCACUGUGGGAAGCUGUUUCCUGAGGGACUGUCGCAGCUGGCCAGAGCCGACGACUACGAGCAAGUGAAGGCCGUGGCCGACUACUACCCUGAGUACAAGCUGCUGUUUGAAGGCGCAGGAAGUAACCCUGGAGACAAGACCCUGGAGGACCGCUUCUUUGAACACGAGGUGAAGCUGAACAAGUUGGCGUUCCUGAACCAGUUCCACUUCUCCGUCUUUUACUCGUACGUGAAGCUGAAGGAGCAGGAGUGUCGCAACAUCGUGUGGAUCGCAGAGUGUAUUGCUCAACGGCACCGCGCCAAGAUCGACAACUACAUCCCCAUAUUCUAA